AUGGCAAAAUUAUUUUCUGUUACUAGGUUUAUCAAGAGUUACAAGAAAUUUGGUGGCCCUCUUGAAAGGUUAGAUGCUGUAGCUAGAGAUGCUGAGCUAGUUGAUAAAUCAGAGACAGAUCUUAGACGUUUGGGAGAGCUUGUACAUAACGGAUGCAUUAAAGCUUUAAAGGACAAUUCAUCUGGACAAGAAAGAGCAGGAGGAAGACUUGGGAAAGUCAAAGGCCCAACAUUCCGAAUCUCAGGAGUGCAGGUGAAUGCAAAGCUAGUCAUCUCUCAUGAAGAAGAGUUGGCACCAUUGCACAAAUCCAUUCCUUCAGAUCCAGAAGAAAGAAAAAGAUACGUCAUCCCAUGCCACACUAAGGCUGCUCAUUUUGAUAUAGAUUGGGGUAAGGAAGAUGAUUCCAAUCUGUUAAUAGGCAUCUAUGAAUAUGGUUAUGGCAGCUGGGAAAUGAUAAAAAUGGAUCCUGAUCUUAGUUUGACACAGAAGAUUUUGCCUGAUGAUCCAGAUAAGAAACCUCAGGCGAAGCAGUUACAGACCCGUGCAGACUACCUCAUUAAAUUACUGAAUAAAGACCUUGCGAGGAAGGAAGCACAAAGGCUUACUGGUGCAGGCAAUUCAAAGAGGAGGAAAACAAGAACUAAGAAGAAUAAGGUGAUAAAGGCUGCAAAAAUAAAAGAAGAAAUAAAAAGUGAUUCUUCACCACAACCCUCGGAAAAAUCUGAUGAAGAUGAUGAUGAGGAUAACAAGGAUGAGAUUGUUUCACUGAAACAUCCACAUAAAAAAAAUAAAGCAGAAAAAGAAAAUGAAGAAAAGCCUGAGCCAGAUAUUGGUAUAAAGAAGGAAGCUGAAGAAAAAAGAGAGACAAAAGAAAAGGAAAAUAAGAGGGAUUUGAAAAGGGAGAAAAAAGAAAAAGAGGAUAAGAAAGAAUUAAAAGAAAAAGAUAUUAAAGAAAAGAGAGAAAACAAAGUAAAAGAAUCCACACAGAAAGAAAAAGAAGUAAAGGAAGAGAAGGUAAAUGAAAUCAAAUCUGAAAAUAAAGAAAAAACUAAAAAAAUUCCAUUGAUGGAUACUCCAGUUCAUAUUACUGCAACUAGUGAACCAGUUCCUAUAUCGGAAGAAGCUGAAGAACUGGAUCAGAAAACUUUUAGUGUGUGCAAAGAAAGAAUGAGGCCGGUGAAAGCAGCAUUGAAACAGCUGGAUCGACCAGAGAAGGGCCUUUCUGAAAGAGAACAGCUGGAACAUACUAGACAGUGUCUAAUCAAAAUUGGGGAUCACAUUACUGAAUGUCUAAAGGAGUACACAAAUCCUGAACAAAUUAAACAGUGGAGAAAAAAUUUGUGGAUUUUUGUCUCUAAGUUUACGGAAUUUGAUGCCAGAAAGCUGCACAAACUGUAUAAACAUGCAAUCAAAAAACGCCAAGAGUCUCAGCAACACAAUGACCAGAAUAUUAGCAGCAAUGUGAAUACACAUGUAAUUAGAAAUCCAGAUGUGGAAAGAUUAAAGGAGAAUACAAACCAUGAUGACAGUAGCAGGGACAGUUAUUCUUCUGAUAGACAUUUUUCACAAUACCACGAUCAUCAUAAAGACAGGCAUCAGGGAGAUGCUUACAAGAAAAAUGACUCUAGGAAAAGGUCCUAUUCAGCCUUCAGCAAUGGAAAAGAUCACAGAGAUUGGGAUCACUACAAACAAGACAGCAGAUACUACAGUGAUAGUAAACAUAGAAAAUUAGAUGACUACAGGAGCAGAGACCACAGGUCAAACCUGGAAGGAAGUUUAAAAGACAGCCGGGUUCAUUCAGAUCACCGUUCCCAUUCAGACCACAGGAUACAUUCAGAUCACCGUUCCACUUCAGAAUACAGCCAUCAUAAAUCUUCUAGAGAUUAUAGGUACCACUCAGACUGGCAAAUGGACCACAGAGCUUCAGGUAGUUGCCCAAGGUCACCGUUAGAUCAGAGGUCUCCUUAUGGUUCAAGAUCUCCCCUAGGACACAGAUCUCCAUUUGAACACUCAUCAGAUCACAAAAGUACACCUGAACAUACAUGGAGUAGCCGGAAAACAUAACAAAGACUGACAUUUUCUGGACCUUCUUUUAGCCAUAUACAGUAAACUAACACAGUAAUUGCCUUACAUGACUUGAAAGAUACAGACUGGAUAUUCUAUCAGUAGCAGUAUUGUUACUUCUUUCCAGGAUGCAAGGUCUAUUAUCCCAACAGAAGAAAAAUAUUUUUGUAUUUAAAGUUUAUGCUGCACUGUGCUGCAAAUGUUGCGGCACUCUUUUUUAAGAAAUGAAAGAUGUUUACUUUUACAGGGACCUCAACACUGCCCCUUUCAGACUGGAUCUUACUAUAAAACUCUUAAUGUCAAAGUAGUUUUAGGCUGAACACGUUUUAAAUUAUGUUUGUAAAUGAACUUUUAAACACUGACCUGUGCUCAUAUUUCAGGAAGGAAUGAGGAGUUUAUUUUCUUUUGUUUCUUAGUAAAGAACUCUCAAGGACUUUGUUCACUUUCCAAAGCUACUUGUUUACAUUGUACACUGCGACCACCUUGCCGCUUUUCAUCACAAGCUUGAAUAUUUAAAUUCUGUACCUAUAACUGUAAAAUAGCGAGGAUUUCUCCUGUUUGUGAUCAGUUAUAAUGCCUUUUUACAAAACAAACAAACAAACUACAAAACAAAACACACAAACAAAUGGCUGUAAAUUAUUGUAAAUUAAUUAAAUGAGCUUUUUUCCCUCUCAGGCUUUUUCUGACUGUUCCUUUCCCCACCAACUCAGGCCUUCUUGUUACAAGAAUGAAACAAAAUCAGUGUACUUACAUGUUUUAAUAAAGUAUCUUGAUGGAAUCACUGUUCAGAAUGUAAAAAUGGGGAAAGGGAACAUUUUAUUCCAUUUAGUGCUCCUUUUUUAUUGGAUACUUUAGAUACAUGUUUUGGGUUUUGGGGGGUGUUUUUGGUUGGGGUUUUUUUUUUUCCCUAUUAAACUGUCAGUGUUGUGAUUGUUUGUAAUGAAAUGGUAAGAAAUAUCCAGCUAAACUGUGCUCUGGAAAGUUUUUCAGGUGCAUUGGUUUUAAAGAAGGAGUGUUAAAUAUCUGAACACUUCAGAAUCCAGAUCAGCCAAAAUUUAUUGUAAAUCCAUUUGUGUUCCCUCUUUAAAAUGGGCAAUAAUGUCAAAUGUGCUAUGCAGCCAGUUAAUAUUUUAGAAGAUUUGAAUUACUUUAUUGACAGAAUUGUUACAAUGCACACUGAUUGUACAUAGAUAACUUCUAUCUGACAAAUUAAAUUUAAACUAAAA